CGACAUUAAAGGCAUUAGUCCAUCUACUUGCAUGCACCGCAUCUUGAUGGAGGAUGAAGCUAAACCGGUGCGCCAACCACAACGGAGAUUGAACCCACCUAUGAUGGAGGUGGUCAAAAAGGAGGUCAUCAAGCUUCUCCAAAUGGGGAUAAUCUUCCCCAUAUCCGAUAGCAAGUGGGUUAGUCCAACCCAAGUUGUUCCCAAGAAGACCGGAGUCACGGUGGUGGAGAACAAACAUGGAGACCUUAUGCCCACCCGAAUUCAAAAUGGAUGGAGGGUAUGUAUAGAUUACCGUCGCCUCAACGCGGUAACUAGAAAGGAUUUCUUUCCUUUACCCUUCAUUGAUCAAAUGCUUGAGAGACUUGCGGGGCAUAAAUUCUAUUGCUUCCUUGAUGGCUAUUCCGGGUACUUUCAAGUACCCAUAGCCCCUGAAGAUCAAGAGAAGACAACAUUCACUUGUCCAUUUGGCACUUUUGCCUAUCGACGUAUGCCAUUCGGACUUUGCAACGCACCCGCCACCUUCCAAAGAUGCAUGAUGAGCAUAUUCUCCGAGUAUGUUGAGCUAUUUAUGGAAGUUUUCAUGGAUGACUUCACAAUCCAUGGGGACUCAUUUGAUUCAUGCUUAUAUCAUCUCUCCCUUGUGCUCAAAAGUUGUUUAGAAUCAAACCUUGUUUUGAAUUCUGAAAAAUGCCACUUCAUGGUGGAAGAAGGAAUUGUUCUAGGCCAUGUAAUCUCUUCCAAAGGGAUAGAGGUUGACAAGGCCAAAGUUGAAGUCAUCCAAUCACUCCCUUAUCCUACCACCGUUAGGGAGAUACGGUCAUUCCUUGGACAUGCAGGUUUCUACCGGAGAUUCAUCAAAGAUUUCUCAAAGAUUGCAUCUCCUUUAUGCACCCUUUUGCAAAAGGAGGUGGAAUUCAUCUUCUCCGAAGAAUGCAAGAAGGCCUUCAAAACAUUGAAGGAAAAGCUAGUAACCGCACCCAUCAUCCAAGCCCCCGAUUGGUCUCUUCCAUUUGAGAUCAUGUGUGAUGCUAGCGACUAUGCGGUCGGAGCCGUUUUGGGACAAAAGGUGGGAAGGGCAUCUCAUGUGAUCUACUAUGCAUCCACCACUCUCAAUGAUGCUCAACGCAACUACGCCACCACCGAAAAAGAAAUGUUGGCCGUCGUCUACGCACUUGAAAAAUUCAGGUCAUACUUACUUGGAACCAAAGUGAUCAUUUACACCGAUCAUGCGGCUCUUAGAUUUUUAAUGACAAAGAAGGAGGCCAAACCGAGGUUGAUUCGGUGGAUACUACUCUUGAGCGAGUUUGAUGUUGAGAUCAAGGACAAGAAGGGCAUGGAGAACUUGGUGGCCGAUCACUUGAGCCGUUUAGUCCUUGAUGAAGGAAAUGAUCAUGUCAAAGAUGAUAUCCGAGGGGAAUUUCCCGAUGAGACUCUCUUCUCUCUUAAGGAAAUUCGCCCUUGGUACGCUCACAUUGUUAACUUCCUUGUUCUAAACAGGUUUCCGCCAAGCUUCUCUAAAGCUCAAAGAGAGAAGCUCCAACACGAUGCAAAACAAUACGUAUGGGAUGAACCAUACUUGUGGAAACAUUGCAAAGAUCAAGUCAUUAGAAGAUGCAUCCCCGAGACAGAGAUAGCAUCCAUUCUUGCCUUUUGUCACUCACAUGCAUGUGGUGGCCACUUUGGAGGAAAGCGAACGGCCAUGAAGGUACUUGAAUGCGGUUUUUGGUGGCCAAGCUUAUUUCGAGAUGCCCAUGUCUUUUGUCAAUCUUGUGACAAUUGCCAACGCAUGGGCAACAUCUCUCGAAAACAUGAGAUGCCGCAAGUUCCUAUGCUCUAUGUAGAGAUCUUUGAUGUUUGGGGAAUAGAUUUCAUGGGACCUUUUCCUAACUCCCACGGAAAUCUAUACAUCCUCUUGGCGGUAGACUACGUCUCAAAAUGGGUGGAAGCAAAAGCCACAAAGACCGAUGACGCCAAAGUAGUUGCGGACUUUCUCAAAACCCGCAUCUUCUCAAGGUUUGGAGUCCCACGCAUUUUGAUAAGCGAUAGGGGCACACACUUCUACAACAAAACUGUGAGCGCCUUGUUAAAAAAAUAUGGCGUCACUCACAAGCUCUCCACCGCCUAUCAUCCACAAACAAACGGACAAGCCGAGGUCUCAAACAGGGAGUUGAAGUCUAUACUCCAAAAGACGGUGAAUCCUAACCGAAAAGAUUGGAGUCUUCGCAUGGAUGAUGCCUUAUGGGCAUAUAGAACCGCUUUCAAAACACCAAUUGGAAUGUCCCCCUAUAGACUUGUGUUCGGGAAGGCUUGUCACCUCCCGGUCGAACUCGAACAUAAGUCUUAUUGGGCGGUAAAAACAUUCAAUCUUGACAUGGAGCAAGCGGGGAUGAAAAGAAAACUACAACUCCAAGAGCUAGAGGAACUUCGACUUGAAUCAUAUGAGAAUGCCGCUAUCUACAAGGAAAAGACGAAGGUAUGGCAUGAUAAAAUGAUUAUAAGAAAAGACUUCCAAAUUGGAGAUAAAGUCCUUCUAUUCCGAUCACGCCUUCGGCUUUUCCCCGGUAAACUGAGAUCACGAUGGGAAGGACCAUUUGAAGUGGUAAAAAUCUACUCACACGGAGCGGUUGAGAUCAAAAGCCUUGACACCGAUAAAAUCUUCAAGGUUAACGGACAUCAACUCAAACCAUUCCUUGAGGGCUUCCAAAAAGAGAGCGUUGAAUGCAUGGAUCUCUUCGAUCCGACCUAUGAAGGAUGAAUAAAGCUAUGGCGUCGUGCCACGACGUUAACUAAGGCGCUUCUUGGGAGGCAACCCAAGCAAAGGUACGCAUUUUUUUUGUGUUUGUUUUUGAAUGUCAACUUUUGGGAGAAUGGGAGGAAAUUCUCAAAAAGAAAAUAAGGAAAAAAUAACAUUUUCAAGGCCUGGGCAAACCCCCGAUCGGUCAUCAUCAGUUACCCGGACGGAUCCAUGCCGAAAAGAGGAUUAAAAUGGGCCAAACAAAAUUUCAGGCUAAUAUACCCGAUCGAGUAACAGUCAUACGCGGUCGGGUAUAGGGUAAAAUAAGAAAAAAAAAGGGGUCGAGUACCCCAUACUCGAUCGGCCAAAAGCACAAAAACGCACGAAUACCCGAUCGGGUAUACCUCAUACUCGAUCGGGUAAUCGACCCCUGGAGCCAAUUUUAAAAAUCCGCCAAAUACCCGAUCGAGUAAAUUUAUAUACUCGAUCGAGUAUAUUUUAAAAAAAUCCUACGGCGGCCAAAACUCGAUCGAGUAUACCCCAUACUCGACCGAAUACACAAACCUGGAACCAAUUUUUUCAAAAAGGGGAGUAUACCCGAUCGAGUAUAUUAAUAUACUCGAUCGAGUAUAUUUCAAGGAAAUCCUACGGCGGCCAAAACUCGAUCGAGUACGGGGUAUACUCGAUCGAGCCCGAUCCCGAAACAAGAACAAACGGAGGUAUACCCGAUCGAGUAAUCGGGGUACCCGAUCGGGUAUACGUGUUUUAAGUCCGAAUCAGAAGCCAAAACAACCAUUCUUCUUCCCCAAAAAUCCCAAAAUUCGAACCCCUUCUCCCAAAUCUUCCAUUUUCACACCUUCAAGCUUCGAUUACUCUCUCAUAUCUCACCCAAAUCCAUCCAAAUCACCACCAAAACGAUCCCUACACUCUCCUCUACAACCUCAUACCCAUUACUCCCUCUCUCCCCCUCCAUUUCCAAAAUCCGAAAACCCUACCCCCUAUACCCCAAGUCCGAACUCAAGCUCCCUUUUUGCUCAAAAAUAGGCACCAAAGAGGAACCAACCGGAGAGCUCUAACUCAAGGGGACCUAUUCGAGGCUACGAGGAUGUUCAAUUUGGCCCGGGGGAUCACCGGAAGCGAUUUGUGACCGCUCUCAAAAGGCAAGUUAUCCCAUCUCGGUUCUUAUGCCAUGACGCUCUUGCUUCUCUUGGCUUGUUAGAUGGUAUGAGAGAACUAUUUGAUGAAUUGCAUAUGAGUUUGAUUUUUCACUUGCAAUAUAAUUGUAAUGAGAGGGUCAUCUAUGAAUUUUUGAGUUCGGCCAAGUUUGUGUUAGAUGAUGACCAUUUCUAUGAUGAUACACUCUCGUUUCGGUUGAUGAACACCGAAUACACUAUAACGAGACGUGAUUUUGCCGAACACUUUGGGCUCCGAUUCCCACAUGAAAGGGAAAUUCCGGAUAACACUAUGGAUGCAUAUAAUCUUUGGGGCAAAAUGACCGGAGAACGGAAUUUUAGCACGUCCCAACUUUACAUAAGUCACGUGCAACAUCCCCUUCUCCGGAUUUUCCUCAAAUUCUUGUGCAACUCUUUGCUCGGCCGCCCCAACAACCAUCACACUCGGAUAGGGGAUGUGGCCAUUCUCACUCUUGCCCUUUUCCGCAAUCCCGUUGAGUUCAACAUUUGCAACUUGAUUUGGGACCAUCUACAAAAGGCUAUCACGAAAGGGGGGAACAUUGUUGUAGGGGGUGUUAUCAUGCAUUUGGCUUCCAAGUUUGGCUAUGUGGAUAAUGCCACAAUCUCUAGAGACUCAUUGAUGCAUCUUGGAUGGUUGUCCAAUGCACAAUUAAUCUCUUUAGGUAACAAAGACCACAACGGAAACCAAAAAUAUAAAUGGCAUAUGAAGUACCCCGAACCGGUCAAAUACUUCCCCCUCCCUUGCGAUGAAUUACCUAGACUUAGGUAUAAGAUGGAACCCGCUCACAUCCCACAUUACCUCCUCCCCAACAACAUUCCACCCCAUCUCCAAGCCCAAGCCGACCAAGCCGACCAAGCCGAACAACCCAAUCCCCAACCGGAGCAACCCGAGCAUCAAGAGGGACACGACUAUUUCCAACAUGACAUCCCCAACCCUCCCCACAAUCCGCCACCACAAGACUUUUUCCAACAACUCUUGGAGGGUCAACAAUCCCUCCUAGCCGGUUUCCAAACAAUGAGCCUUGAUUACACCAAAAUGGGAGAGCAAUUCACCCAACUUCAAGGAGAAAUAGGCCAUUACCGGAAUGAGCAACAAGCAAGAGAAAGGCAAUUUGAUGCUUACCGGGAGGAGCAACGGUUGGCUUUUCAAAGGAUGGAGGAACAAAGGGCGGCCGACAUGCAAAGGUAUGAAGAAGACUACCGGAGGAUGUAUGGGCCGACAUAUUCGUACAUGUCCCAACUUGGGGGAUUUGCAUCAAUGGCCUCACCUCCACCGGCACCUUCUUGGUACAACCCCUCCGAUUGGGGUAAUUUUGGCGGCUCGAGUUCCGGCGGUGGUGGCUAUGACGGCGGGGAUACUACCAUGGGCGAGGGGGGCGGGGAUGACAUGCACGGGAGCGGCUUUGGAGGAGGCUACUACGGAGGAGAAGGCGGGCACUAGGGAUAGUGCCAUACUUCAAGUGUGGGGGAGAAGAUCAUCUUUUGGACACCACCGCUCGGAGAAGAGGAGGAGAAGAGAAAGAGAAGAGGAAGGGAAGAAAAGAGGAAAAGAAGAAAUAAAGGGCAUAGAGGACUAACAAACCCAAGAGAAUUGUUAUUUUAUGAACUAAUUUACAACCUUGGUGGUCUUGUGCUCUUUCUUGCUAUUCUUCAAACUCAUGAUCUUUGAUUGAACAUUGUGUAAACAUUUGGUUUUACUCGAGGUCGAGUAAAGAAACUAAGUGUGGGGGAGUUGACAUUCAUGUUAUUUCCAUGUUUAUAUUUAUGCUUUUGAUUAGUUUUGAGUGGUUAUUACUCUAGAAAUUACACACUUUUGGUGUAAUAGUUUAGUUUGUAAAAUGCUUGUAAAUUGUUUAGAUUAGAUUUGUUCUGAGCUCAAACAGGUCCAAGACCACUCCAGGGACCAUUGGUAAACAUCACAAGUGGAAGGAAGGUGCAAAAAUUCCAAAACAAAAUGGAGAUCCUGAUUUUUGGUGUUGUACCCGGUCGAGUAUACCCUAUACUCGAUCGGGUAAGUUGCUAAAAAGUCAAAUCAAAUCAACCCGGGAACAAGGCAACAUGCAGGAAGAUUUUUAACUCGAUCGCGUAUCCAUACCCGAUCGGGUAACCGACAUACCCGAUCGGGUAUGAACCCAGAUUUUCAGUUUCGAGGAAACUAACCCUUACCCGAUCGGUUAAGCUAAAAACUCGAUCGGGUACACGACCCUGCAGGCCUAAAAAGCCUAUAAAUACACCCCUUUUCCUCCACAAGAAGACCACCAAUUCACAUAUACUUCUUAGCUCAGUUUAGACAAGUUCUUUCUUUAUAUUUUUCAUCAUGUUUAGUCUCCAAAUGAGGAGCUAAACUCUUCCAUCUUGGUUUUGCUACUUUGAAGCUUAAUGAAUUUGUAAGUUGUGAGUUAUUAUCUUUAAUCUUCUUCCUUGAAUAUUAAUUCUUUCUUUAAAUACUAUUUCUAUAUCAAUGUUGGGGAGUGUUACUAAGAUGACAAUUAGUUAACAUCUUGACAUUAGUUAUAGUAAUAGUUAUUUCUUCCUCUACGUUAAUAUCGGGGAGUGUUACUAAGAUGACAAUUAGUUAACAUCUUGAUAUUAACUAUAGUAGGAUUCAUCUUCUUUAUUAUUCUUCCUUGAGUAUUAAUUAAUUCCUAUUCAUAUUUCAUAUUAAUAUUUUGAACAUUACUUAAAGGAUCAACUAGUUUUGUUUCAUAUAUUAAUUAUUAUUAGAAUCGGUCGAUUAAUACGCUUGUUAUUAAUUCGGUCCUUUCGCGGUAGUAAACUUGGGUUAUUAAUGCAUGCGUUUCAUGGUUAAUAAACCAAGGGGAAUUAAUUAUAUUGAUUAAACCAAUAAACCGCUUGUGUUGAGGUUAUCAAUCUCAAUCGUUUUCAUCUUGAUUUUAUUGCUACUAUCGAGUGAAUAUACGGCGCGUGUUCUAUAUUAACUCGGUAGUAAGUUUUAUUAAUGAACGCGUCUCGUUAUUAAUAACUACCCUCGACGAAUUGGAUAUACUCCUCGAUUGAGUAUUCGAGAGGAAAAUAGUUAAAGAUAUAACCGGGAUCGACGAACAUUUCAUUAAGUGGAUAAAAGCAAAGCCAAGUCUUCUUCUCAUUAAUUAAACCACAUAACUCGUUCAUCUUCGUAUUUAAAUAUAAUUUAAAGUUCAUCAACCAAAUAUAAACCCCCCUUAUUGUUACUUAUCUAUUUCUGUAAGAAGAAAAGUAUUCCUUUCCCUGUGGAUACGAACCUUACUUCACUAUACUACGUAUUUGUGUUGUAUUGUAUUAUUACUUUGAGUGCACCUCACGACAAAGUGCACGUCAUGUACAAUCAAAAAUUGACUAUUGGGAUGCACUCUUCUAUUAUGUUUAAAGCAAUUUUUAAAACCCAGGUUGAAGAGGGACUUUCUGCUCCUUAUAAUUCAAAGGAUUAUCAAGAAUAUUCUCUAGUUGCUACUUCUGCUAUUGUGCAUCUAGAUGGGAAGGGUCCAAUUACUUGUGACUCACCUGCCAACUUAGGGGUGGACUUUGUGGCAGGAGAGCUCAGAAUUACAGGUUAUAUCUUUGAGAAAACAACAGGAAGUUAUGUGGAACAAAAUAUUGAAGCCAAUGAACAGGUGAAAUUGAAACAAGGCUUGAAGAUGACAAUGUUUUCUUCUGGUGAAGAAUCUGUUUACCUGCUAGGACGCCAAUUUUAAAAGUUUUACAUGGGAUAUAAUCUUUCCUGUUCCUUAGUUAGGAGAACUGCAGCUGGAAUAAUGCAUAUAAUUACUUGCUUGCUAAAACCUUUAAGAUUUUCCUUCUCAAAUGAGGUAGGUAAAUAAUUGAUAGCGGGAGAAGCUGAAAGGUACAGAAAAAAGUUUGCAUCCAGUACAGUACUAAUUUCAGAAGAUAUAAAAUAUGAGGGGCUGCAAAAAAGUGAAGAAAUAAUUUGUGCUAGGGACUACUGGAUACUGACUGAGCCAAAUGAAACUUCAUCUCAAAUCUCUUCUACUUCUGAAAGUUCUGUGAUUUUAAAAGGUAUCGAAGUCCCUAGUCCAUCAACCCGUUACGUAUUGGGAAGGAAGAGGAGCAAGGAAGAGGAAGAAGCAGAAGAUCCUGGCUGUCUCCUACCGUCCACCUUUAGGGCAAGGUGGAUGUUUAGGGAGGGAGUAUUGAUAGGGACCUACCUAUUAG